GUUCACUAAGAAUCUUUCCCCAGAUAAAAUCAAUUUAAGCACCCUGAAAGGGGAAGGUCAGCUGACCAAUCUGGAGCUGGAUGAAGAGGUUCUACAGAAUGUGCUGGAACUGCCCACAUGGUUAGCCAUCACUAGGGUCUACUGCAACAGGGCUUCCAUCCGGAUCCAAUGGACAAAGCUGAAGACACAUCCUAUUUGCUUGUGUCUGGAUAAGGUGGAGGUGGAGAUGAAGACAUGUGAGGAGCCUCGACCCCCAAAUGGACAGUCUCCUAUUGCUCUCGCUUCAGGACAGAGGUUAGUUGCUUUUGGUUCCUAUAAUUUCCAAUUAUUAACUGAUCCAGGUCACCUUUUAGUUAAAAAAUAAAACUUUUUUUCUUAU